AGGAUACAAUAUACGUACAGUGUACAUAGACGGUGUUCGCAUCCCGUGUUAUACCGUACGUAGCGGAAGCUCGCUGCCUCGGACUCAGGCUGAGAAAAAGUGAUCAAAGUUGGCGAAAAUAAGGAAUAAUGAGGUGAUAUUCGUAAAAACUGAGAUCCGAAAUGAUGCUAUAGAAUAUGGAGAAACCAAAAGCAACAAUCGGCCCUUUUAGAGCAACGAAAUUGUGGAAUUCCAUCGUCGGCGACUUCCGAGCUGGCAUCCCUCUCAAGAGACAUCGAUGGCGGAUGCGUUACUAUGACAACUGCUUCACCUCCUCCGACGCUGCUGAUUGGCUCCAUGACUACCUCUGUAACAAUGAGAACUUUGGCCCCUGGGUCACGCGAACACAGGUCAUUCUCCUCUUGGACAAGUUUGUGCAAAGUAAAAUUAUUGAGGAGGUGAAGGCAUCGAAAGGAGUCGGAACAGAAAAGGCCUCAUUUGAAGACAAUGGACACCUUUAUAAAUUCUUGCCAGUAUCCCCCAUGAAGAAGCUGCGUUCAGCCCUCGCAAGCCGCAGCAGUAUCCAGAGCCUAAGCCCCAGCCCCAAGCCAAGGAAAACGGCACCAAGGACCAACGGUGGUGCCGCCACCACCUCCGCCCAACCAGUAACCCGACGGCUAGCCAUGAGAGAUACAAACAUUGAUCCAAACAAUGCCAGGCCGAACGGUCAAGGCUGGACAGAUGGACAUCCGACCAGGCCUCUGGCCUUGAGAGACACUAAUGUGAAUGUCCAGGUACAUGAUGAUAAUGUGAACAAAGUCAAGGAGGUUCCAAGGUGCACAUUGAUUGCGAGACCUUUGACCCGGGAGCAAGUAGAAGAGGUUUGGAAAAGUGCAACAUUGAAUAGGUUGCAGAGAUUACUCUGGUUGUCAACACUAGACGGUUUACUAGAUGAAUCGGUCAUCGUUCCCUCUGAUAUCAUUCACAACUGCACCCACAUCAACAAGAAUGGAGUGGUCCAACUUCUCAACAAAGAGAAUGAUCUUCCACAUUGGGUUCUAUCUGCUAUGCGAUGCCUUGCAAAUUGGCCUAAUAAAAUAGAUUCUGAUCUUCCAAGUUAUCCCGGUUUUGAGCGAGAUGUGUUCAAGACCAUCAGUAAUUACUUCCAGAGCCUCCGGGAGCCUCUCAUCACAUACAGCAGAUACGACUUAGUGGUUGAAGCAUUUGUCAGUAUGGAAUGCAGGGAUCGUGGCAUUAUGCCUGGGCAGGAAGUAGUCACUGUCUAUACAGGUGUCCAUGGAGGGCUCACCUCAUUUCAGUCGAUGGAGACACUCAUGAUGAACAUGACCACAGGAGGGCAGCAGUCGUCGACCAACACACCCAACAUGGAGAGGAAGAAUCCGCAAGCGAGGAAAGGGCGGGUUGUCCGACGUAGCACCAGCUUUGGGCUGGUCGAUGGGAUGCUACGGAACGAGACACCGCAUCUGCCCCCGAAGCAGAACAAGGGGCCUAGGUCUGGGUUGAACCAACGGUUUGGCAGUGUAGAUGCUAUUGGGAAUAAUAACAAUGUGUUGCAGGGUAAUCGCAAUGUUCACCAUGGUAGGGCCGCAGGUUCUAAUCCCCAGAGGGUCAGCAACAAGGAGGAUGACUAUGGCUUUGCCAACAUGGCUCCCGCUCCUCCCCGUAGACACCUUGCUGCAGAGGUCAGUUCAGUCAGUGACCAGUCUCACUACGGGAUGACAGAGUCCAUCUCGCCCAACCUCGUACCCAGGAAGUGCAGCUCUAUGAUUAACAUCCAAGAUGCUGGAAAGAGUAGGAACCCCAGCCGGCCCAAAUCUGGAGGACUCUUUGCCUCCAAGAGGUUUGGAUCCGCCACCGAGCUCUUCAAUAAACUGGUGAAGAAGAAAUCUCCUUCUCAGGCUGGGCUCCACGACGGGGUAAAUUAUCCAAGGAAGAGCACAAGCAAAGAUCAUGUGACUGGCAACCAUCAAAUCAUCUCUCCCGGUCUAGCCCCGCCUCCUUCGUACCCCGUCUUCACAUCCUCCCCGAUUGAGCCAGUUACCAUCCUAGGCUUCCAAUCCAGCACACAGAACACGACCCCUGACCUCCAACAUCAUCCACACCGCAUCAGUCCCGCGUACCCUCCCCCACUCAGAGCAACUCUAUCCUACUCAGAGAUUUCCACUCAUCAGAGUUCGACGACCCCGCCUACCCAGAGUUCUAGGACCCCGCCUACCCAGAGUUCAAUCACCCCCACUGGCAUGCCAUCUGCUAUCAUGGGGUCAAUGAACUAUCGAAGGAGUACAUCUGACAUCCCAACUUCAACCCCGUAUGAGAACCUAGAACCGCUAUCCCAUAAUAGGCUCCAGCGACAUGAGAGUAUCGCAAGCAUCUCAAGUUUGUACCUGGGUGAAGACAAGUCAUACUGCCAGGAGGCCCUCAGACUGUGCCUUCUCCUGCUUCCUGCGGCCCAACGGAGGGCGCUGCACCUCUUACUCAGACUCAUGAGCAAAAUGGAGAACAAUCCAGAACUGUCGCUGUGCACCAAGAUGUCCACUAGGCAACUUCUGUUGGAGACAUUCUCUCGCUCUAUCCUGCGUUGCGUCGAGGAGGUUGACCUGGACGAGUGUCUUGCGAGGAAGAUCGUUGCCUAUCUCCUGGACAACCACACCACGCUCUUCAACAUCCCUCAAGAACUCAGGGCAGACAUCGAGGAGAGACUCACCUACCUCAAGAGAAGCCAGAUCAAGUAUGAGGCUGACGUGGAGAACGUCCAGCCAGCUGGAUUCUGUGCUCAGAUGUCGGUGGAGGAGUAUGAGAAACAAAAGACUGCAAGCUCACAGCAAGCCAUUGAGGAUCUACUCGAUAACAUCAUCACAGAUAGACACAUGUCAGCUAAAGACAAGAAGAAAAAACUUAAACUGUUCCACAAGGCUUACCCUGACAUCUACCAACGUCGUCUACCAACCAGUGCAAGCGAGGCAGAACUCUUCCCUGCCAAGCCCAAGAUCAAACAACCGAUGCUCAACGUCAAAAGAUCUCUGUCAAGACUCAAACCCAUCCGAUAAAAUCAUCACGUUAUCUGUUCCUUAAUUCUCCUUUCAGAUAUUUUCCUGUAAUAGAUAUCAAUUCAAAUUACAGUACAUUUAGAUGUACUUGAAUAUUUUUUUGACAAACUGCAUGAUAAUGCUUGAAUUUGAAUAACUUGUUAAUGUAUUAGAAUGCAUGAAAUAAAAUGAAAUGAAGAUUCUUAAUCGCGAAGCAUAUUUUGAAAGUGUUCAGGAAAUUGUAAGAUCAUACACAUCUCUCUCUUAUGAGAAGUCAGAGGAGACAAUAUAUCAUGCCAAGCAACUAAGUUAUCCAACACAUGCACACGCUUUUUUAGAGUAAGAUAUAUAACGCACAUGACAGGGUCUUGUAAUACCGAGGGUAGUUGAAAAAUUGAGCUUUCUAGAGAUUUAUGUCUGAAAUACAUGAACAAAUAUUCCCUAUCAGCAGAAUGAUAAGAUAUUUCAUUUCUUUUUCUUUUUCUAUAGUUUUACAACUCAUAAUUAGACAGAGGUGCUAUGAAUUUUUUGCUGUUGAGACAUAAUGGAGCCCCCCCCCCCCCUUUUUUUUCUGAAUACCAAGGAACCUUGUUCAUAUAGGUUAACAACUCAAGAAUGUCUGUACCCAUAACUUUUCAACCAUUGAAUUGGAACAAUAAAUUAUUUUUAUAAAAUGUUAAAAUAUCAUUCCUUUUAAUUGCAAGUAGACAAUCAUUUAAAUGACGAGCAAGGUCCAAUGUAAACAUGAAUAUCAGGAGUUUGGUCACAAUCAUCAAAUUCUAUUUUUUAAAUCUCCAUUACUACAUUAAUAUACAUUCAAAAUUUGCUCAAACUCGUGAUACAAUCAUCUGGAUACUAACUCCCAGAUUAAAUGAUUGAUAUUGAUAAAUGUUAACGAAUUAUGUAGAGUACAGUACCAAAUAAUGACCGGCAUCUCUGUGAGCAUCCAUACAAAAGUACACUUUUGAAUUCAAUAUUUCACUCUUUACUUUUACAAUAGAAUAAAAAUUUUCUGCUGCAAGCUCUUUUAACAAUGCUAAUUAAUAAAAUGUAGUAGAUUUAGAUACAAUUAAUAAAAUGAAGGGUAGCUUUGAUUGGACUGAAUAUAUGACAUUUAGGACAUUCAAGUGCACUGACAUCGUGUUGGCCUUCAUUAUUUACUCUUUACUUUUAUGAUAGAAUAAAAGUUUCUGCUGCAAGCUCU